UCAGAGAUGGGGCUCGUCGGGGCCACCCUCAGCAACAUCAACCUAUGUUUCAUCUAAGCGAUUUUCGGAAAUACACUGAAGCACUCAAGCUGUGGGAAAUCAUUCGGGGGACCCGAUUUAGCCUUCUUUUAUUCCAAGAUCCUCCAAGGUUUUCAUCAGCAACUGGUUAGAUCCAGUGAAAAAAAGAAAAAAAAGAAAGAAACGAAAACCCAUCGGAGACGAGGAGAGGAGAGAGAGAGAGCAACAAGAAGACACACUACAGCCGAACGAAACGUGAGGGAUUAUUGGGGAAAGAGUGGCAUAAAAAUGACGAACGAACAGAGUGCACCCGUUGUGGGAUUUUUUUGUAGGUGAAACGAGAAAAAUGAUUGAAGAAACACACCCAAACGAUGACAGUUACAUUGUGCGUGUCAAAGCGGUGGUCAUGACCCGAGAUGACUCGAGUGGGGGAUGGCUGGCACAGGAAGGUGGGGGCCUCAGCAGGGUGGGUGUCUGUAAGGUGAUGCCUGCUGAGCUGACCGGCCACAGCGACUUCCUCAUCCACGGCGAGCGCCUCAAAGACAAGCAGGUGAUUUUGGAAUGUUUCGUGAGGAAAGAUCUGAUCUACACCAAGGCCACGCCCACUUUUCACCACUGGAAGGUCGACAACAAAAAAUGCGGCCUGACGUUCCAGAGCCCCGCCGAUGCCCGUGCCUUUGACAGAGGUGUGCGGAAAGCCUUGGAGGACAUAACGGAGGGUUCCACAACUUCCUCUUCAACACUCCAGAAUGAGGCUGAACUUGGGGAUGAUGAUGUGUUCACAACUGCCACCGACAGCUCUUCAAACUCAUCUCAGAAGAAGGAGAUCUCUACACAGUUAGUGGCCACCUCCACCUUCUACGAGCUUCAUCCACAUCGCUGCAUUCUGCAGUACCAGCCGCCUGAGCACUACAGCCUGGAUCAGGUGUGGCAGAAGUUCUCCAGGAACCCCUUCCCAUUUGAGGACGAGGAGAUUGUCCGAAUCAACCCCCGGGAGCGCUGGCUGAUCACAGGCUACGAGGACUACCGAUACGCCGCCGUGCCGGACAAGUUCAUGCGUCACGAGGACUCGGACUCGUACGUUCACAUCGCUAAGAACGAACCCUUAAAGCACGACUACAACUACCCCUACGUGCCCAGCUCCGACUUCAGCCAGUGCGACCUCAAGAGCCACUGCGGGGGCGACGGAGGCGUAGUGGCCACCCAGCCGCAGGCGCUCAAGCUCAAGGGCAAGCGAAGGAAAGAGGACGGAGAGCGAUCGCGUUGCGUCUACUGCCGGGACAUGUUCAACCACGAGGAGAACCGGCGUGGGCAGUGCCACGACGCCCCCGACCCCAUCCGGACCUGCAUCCACCGGGUCAGCUUCAUGUGGUGCGCCGACAGCAUGCUCUACCACUGCAUGUCCGAUCCGGAGGGAGAGUACUCGGACCCGUGCUCGUGCGACACCAGCGAGGAGCGUUUCUGCCUUCGCUGGACGGCCCUGCUGGGUCUGUCACUGUUUGCGCCUUGUCUGUGCUGCUACCCACCGCUCCACGGGUGCCACCGCUGCGGUGUGGCCUGCGGUUGCUGUGGAGGGAAGCACAAGGCCGUCGGCUGAACGAACCCGAAACACGCCCCUCGGAACGCUAGCACUGAGGGCAGGAGUGGACGAAACUUUCACUGUCCUUUACUUUACCUUCUCUCCUGGCUCCAGAAAACAGGUGGUGCGUUGAAAACGUUCUCUUUUGGUUGUUUUUAUAAAUAUGAAAGUAUAUAUAUAUGUGUAUGUUCUUUUCUUUCCCUUUUGUUGUGGAUGUUUCUCUCAGUUCCUCGGCUCUCCUGGAGCCCCCAUGUCAUGCAUUACUUAUGCAGGUACUUUAUAUUUUUUACACUGAUUUGACUUUUCAAGAACUUGAAUCGCUUGUCGUCUCUGUUUUGCGUUCGUUCGCCGUGGCAAGCAAAGGGAGGAAUUCGCUGUUUACUCUUCCUGAACAGGUCCGUACAUAAACUGGCAUUUAUAUCCAAGCCCUUUAACCGUUCAGAACAAUAACAAUGAGAUUAGCUCGAGACACUAAACCUGUAGUCGGAAGCGUGCGUGCGUUUAUAGCGCGAGUGUGGGAGAGCGCGUGUCGAUGCCUGCGUGCGUGUUGUAAAGGAAUGAUAACAUUGUAUCACAGCAUAGUAUUGUCGUUACUAUAUUUAAGCCAAAUUUACAUAAGCUGCAUCCAGAGUAUAUGUAAAUACUGUAUACUCAUAUGUAUAUGUUUCAAAUAGAAUUAUUGUAAUCACCUGCCACAGCUGCGCUUCAGACAUUUUCCUUAGAGUUGACUUUUUGAGUCUGAUGCGUAUUUGAUAGCCAAAGAUUAUUUUUGUCAUAUUUAUUGAAUCACCAGCCAAAGGGAGAAAAAAAUAAAGAGAGAAAUCAUCAGACUGUGGGCAAAAAAGCACAGCCAUAUGGGGAAGGAGGAGUUUCCAGUGAGCCCACGCCGCUUCAACUGCAAAAAAAAAAAUGUUUUUUAAUCAUAAUUUUUGUCUUGAAAAACAUAAUCUAAAUAUCCUCACAACA